CUAUGAGUCAGUCGCAGACUCGCAGUGGACAUGGAGACGUGUCACCAGAGAGACUCGACAACUGCAUCCUUCUCACAUAGAACAAAUCUUAUACCAAAGCUAAAACAGUCUCCAGCAAGAGCUUGCCAAUUAUUUUUUCGUGGAAAACUCUGACAGGAUGAGAUAACCUCAAAUGUGUGAACGUACGGAGCAAUGUAUUUGUUCCACUUUGCUUUGCACGUACGACAGGCCUUUCCCCCACCUGCCAACACCAGAAGAGAGAGAAUUUUGGUCUUUCGUGCACCUCAAUUAUACCGUAAUGUGUGGGCGUGAAACCCCACAAACAGUCUUCCCACUAUGAUCGCUAUUCCCACUCGCUUCUCCCUGUAAUUUCCAGAACCUUCCGAGCUAAAGGACCACUAUCUCUCUCAAUCUCUUCAUUCGGCCACUUGAUAAGUGCCAUUUGAGGAAAGGAUUUGUUUAAAAUGACUCCAGAACUUUCUAAUAAUUUAUUCCCUGCUUCUCCACUUACGUCACACCAUUCUCUUCUAUUUAAUCGCCUCAACGCUGCGCUUUUAGCUUCUUUUUACAUGGGGAUGCGAAUAACUAACUUCUCUUAACGGCCUAGACGAGUUUCUGCGGGGGAAAUCUUAAUCCGCCGCGUUCUCAUCAUCCAUAUUGCAAAAUUCACUGCUUCAGAUCAUCUCGAACUCCUCUGACGGACAGGGUCUCGUUUGAAUUUUUUCUGGAUAAAUACCUCGAUUUCUUUUUAUUUCCCUGUUUGUAAAUUCCAGUUUACUGACGAGUCCACAUAAGUCUCUUCAAGCCCUUUCAUCCUCUCGCUUGAGUGAUUAAACUCUGUUUAUCGCUUUUCUGCGAUCCUUUCAAUAAAGAAAUCUAUCCGCAUUUAUAUACUCUGUAUCCGGGUAUAGAACAGAAUCAACCGAACUCAUCAGAGUCAUUGAACCUAUCAAGUCUUUCAAAGUUGCAGAGGAAUUCGAGGAUGAAUUAUCUGUACAGAAUUAAAGAAGAGUACUUGGAACCAUCUUCAUCCGACGUAGGAGGUGAGCCAGCAAUGGUUCUUCCUCCACAGCCAGUGCAGGGACUUCAUGAAACAGGACCACCUCCAUUCCUCAACAAGACGUUUGAUAUGGUGGAUGACCCUUCUACCGAUCACAUAGUCUCGUGGAGCAGAGGUGGAACAAGUUUUGUUGUUUGGGAUCCAUGCUCUUUCUCUACCAAUCUUCUUCCUAGAUGCUUCAAGCACAACAAUUUCUCAAGCUUUGUCCGCCAAUUGAACACUUACGGUUUUAGAAAAAUUGAUCCCGAUAUAUGGGAGUUUGCAAACGAAGGAUUUAUGAGAGGACACAAGCAUCUGCUGAGGAACAUACGAAGAAGGAGAGCGCCUUCUCAGGUUACUCCAUCCUCCCAAGCACCAGGUCACUGUGCUGAAGUCGGCAGGUUUGAAGUAGAUGAAGAAAUUCUACGUUUAAGGCGUGACCGGCAAGUGUUGAUGAUAGAACUCGUGAAGCUUAGACAGCAGCAACAGAACACCAGAGCCUACCUUCAGGCGAUGGAGCAGAGGUUAGAAGGCACAGAAAUGAAGCAGCAACAAAUGAUGGCUUUCUUAGCAAGAGCAUUGAAAAAUCCAGCAUUUAUACACCAACUACUCCAACAGAGGAAGAGAAAGGAACUGGAGGAAGCCAUGACUAAGAAAAGAAGAAGGUCAAUUGAGCAAAUACCAAGUGAUGUUGCUGAAUCAAGCAGUGAAAGUGAGGGAAGGAAUCAUGUUAAAGUUGAGCCCACAGAAGUUGGGAAUUAUGGGUUUGAAGUGUCUGAGCUUGAAGUGCUAGCUAUGGAAAUGCAAGGUCUUGGUAGGCGUAAAAGAGAACAGGAAACAUUUGAAUCACCAGAGAGGCUGGACAACGAACUUGAUGAAGGAUUCUGGGAAGAGUUUUUUAGUGAAAAUGUUGAGGGUGAACUAGAUAUUCCAAGCGAUGCAGGUGAAGGUGAAGAUAUCAAUGUCUUGGCCAAGCGCUUGGGUUACAUGGGUUCAAGUCCUCAGUGAACCUCACGAUUUCUGACACUGAAAUUGUGGAGCAGUAUAUGUGGAAAUCGUUCGGUUUUGGUGUUUCUAACCCAAUUCAUGUCCUUUUUGUAGCAUUUUGUUGAAUCCCCAGUUUCUCAUUCUUUUCUCAAUGUUGAUUAGGUGGCUUGAACCCGCUGCUUCGACAGGAACCUGUGGUGGCGUUAACUAGUAGUCAUUUUUUAAUCUCAGAUUAUCAGAAGCUGUGGAGUGGAUGAGAAGUGGCUGAAGUAACACCAGGGACCAUCAGUUACUGAAUAUUGCAUUUGAAGCAGAGCCUGAAUCGUGGUUUAAUUUUGUGUGUUUCAUUUUUCUUUUCUCCCCUUGCUUUUUUUUGCCAUGUUCAUUGUUGUCCUCAGUCAUUUGUCUGGAUUAAAUGAAUGCCACGGUGGACAAAAUCCGUUGUGUUA